AUGGCGCUAUGGCGUCGUUUUCUGUGCCUCUUGGGACCUGGCGUCGUUUACGUCGCGGGCAACGAGACCUUAGACUUUCUGGAUUGCAGCGGGGACAGCUUCCACCCCGCCUGGCAGCGCUUCAAGGCGAACCUGCCCUCAGAGGUGAACCCAGCCACCGAAUUGCCCGAUGUCAAGGAGGCAACGGAGUUGCUGGACAGUGUCGAGGCCGAGGUGGACUUCGACUGGGCCCAAGCGGUGUCGGAUUUCCGGGACCGACUCAGGGGAGACCUCACCACUGAGGAUUUAGGCGGUUUCUGCCUCUUUGGGGUGGUCACGGCCUAUGCCGUGCUGGCAUACCAGUUGGUGAGGGAGUCCCAAGAAAUCAAGUCGGAUGCCAAGAACCUCUUGGUGCGCGCCUUGAUGGUGAUGGCAAAGAAACAGGUGAACGACUUCUUGGAAUCCUCCGCAUGGCCGGUGCGUUCCAUGGACAUGGUGGCCUUGUUGGAAAAGGAAGACUUCGCCAAGGUGCGAGGCUUUCGCUUGGAGAUGCCGUGUUGGCUGCGUUUGGGCUGUCCACGGCCAAAGAUCCAGGUUCAAGCCUUGAUACCUCCAUUGCCGCCCUUGGAGGCUGCCUGGCCUUCCAAGGUGGUGGCCGUGGGGCUACACACCACCUCCACCUUGGAGGUGGUGUCUGCCUUGAGGGAUGCUCUCUCCGAGUCCUGGGGUCGAGGCGGAGCAGCAGGAGCUCCCUUUGAGAUCCAAUAUGCCGGUCAUCCGUGCCCUUCCCAUUCCGGGAGCGAACAUCACUGCGCCAUGCGCUGCGAGCUGCUGGGUCUCUGCAGCGUCCAGGAGGAUGCAGCGGAUCCCCUGGCGGAAUGGGUGGCGGGAGCCGUGGAUGUGGCGAAGUUUGAGGAACGCGAGUCCUAUAGCCUUAACGAAGCACGCAGCGCCUUACGCUGGGCACCGCGCAGGUUGGAGCCACUGAGACAAGCGGAGUUGAUCCUCUGCACCUUCCCCACGGUUCUCUGUGUGCUUCUGCAUGAACUUUUCCCAGAGACUCCCCAGCUCUAUGUGGCCAUCGCCAAUCCUCUCUUUGCAGCACCUGGCUGCACCCAACAAGAGGAUUCCACGGUGCGCGAUUGCGAGACACCGGAAGCUCAGGAAUUUUUAGUGGCGUUCCGCUCGAUGCUGGCCAAAGAUAAGCCAGUCAGGGGCAUUUCUGCAUACACUGUGACCACUGCGCUAGUGGCUUACCAGGCUGGCGUUGUGUUGCCGUUGGCAGGAAAAGCUGGCCGAUACUUGCCAGCCCAGGCAGGGCCGCUGACCAAGAAUUUGGAUGCAGAGGAGAUGCUGAGAAGUUUCGCCACCGAUUUCUGGUCCCCAAAGUUCCCGCGUCUCAUGGCCGUGGCGCCCAUGCCCGUGGUGCAGGGAAAGGUGGUGGGAAAUGCUCCCAAUCUGGCGGAUCCCGAGUGUCCUGCCUACCCAGCCUAUCCAGUGCCUGCAGCCUGCCCACCAUACACCGGUGCUGCUGCAUCCACCCAGCCGCCCCCGGGUCGGCCAGCGCUUGAAGUCCUACAGCUUUCCUGUCGAGACGCGGAUUUGCCGCCCGAAAUCCGCCUGAGAUUCAUCACCAAGGUCUACGGCAUUUUGGGCACGAUGCUCUUGAUCACCUUUGGCAUUUCAACACCCUUCAUCUUUGCGACAGAGGCCACUUUGGGGUUCUUUCGCCAGAACACCUGGAUCCUCUACAUCAUCUUCGGCAUCGUCAUUUGUCAGCUGAUCUUCAACUUCGCCAUGUCGUGCCAGAUGUGCUGUGGAGGCACUGGCUUGUUGCAAAGCUAUCUGUGGAUGAUGAAGACAUCCCCGUGGAACUACUUGUACCUCAUGACCUUCUCUGCCUGCUUCGGUGUGAUGGUGGGCUUUCUCUGUGCACAGUAUACUGUGCAGUCGGUUCUGCUGAUCUUCGCGUUGACCUUCGUCCUCAUUGUGGCGCUGACGAUCUAUGCAGUGAAGACCAAGGCGGACUUCACAGGAUGUGGUGCGUACAUCAUGGUGGCUCUCCUGGGUUUCAUCAUGUUAUUCCUGGUGUAUACCUUUUUCCCUGGCAGCGUGGUGCUGGCGAAGAUCGUGGCGGGAGCGGGGGCAAUGCUUUUCGGCUUCCUGAUUGUCUACGACACCCAGCAAAUCUUCGGUUCGGCAUCGGCGACAUCCUUUGGCGGCGGAAACAGGGAGGUUGAGUACACCUUGGACAUGUACGCAUUUGCCGCUUGGAACUUGUAUUUGGAUUUCCUGAAUUUCUUCAUCUACUUGUUGCAGUUGUUCGGCGAUCGGAGGAAAAAUUCGCCAGGACCGCGUGGAAUGGGUCCGUGUACAGGGUGGCCGUUUCGCUCGCUGCAGAUCUAUGCAUAUCUGGUCCAUGGUGUACAGGAUGGCCAGGCUGAAUUAAAUCCAGAUGCUCAAAGCAUUUGGGAAAGCCCAAACAGUGCUGUCGAACGCCAAGAUGCUGCGGGCCUGUGGUCCCAGUGGCGACAGCACUUCUUUUGGUGGGUCGACAUGGGGCCCGCGCUUGUGCUAAAAGUUGCAGCCAGUGAGGAUUGUAGCUGGGUGCCACAUGCCUUUUGGCGCGGUGCACAGCGGGAGGAGAUCCUGGUGGCGCGGAGCCGCUUCCUGGAGACGGGCUUCGGCGCCGCCUUUCGGAACCUGCUAGCAGAGUUCAAGGAGACCAUGCAAUCAAGCAUCUCCUUCACGCUUCAGCAAGAGGCUGGCACCUACCUUAGUUACGAGGCAUUGAGUGAGUUCCGCAGCGCUGUAAUCUUCGCGCAGGACCUGGGGCUGCACAAGUUCACGGAGCACUAUGCGAUGGGCAUGCCCAUUUGGGUGCCUUGCAGAGAAAUGGCUUACAGGCUUCAAAUGCUGGUGCCCUGGGGCAUGGUGUCCUACUCCGGGAGCUGGCAGCAUGCAGGCCCGAGCAAAGAUCAGGAAGAUCCCAACUGGUGGGGACAAGCUCCCAGUGAAGUGGGCGAUGACACCGAGCCUCCAGAACUGGCCUUUCGUCCCUUCUUCCAUGCUCAGAGCUUUCCCUAUCCUUUGGCAGAGGCCGCCUAUUGGUACGAGUACGGCGAGUUCGUGUCUUACCCCGGAGUGCAGGAGUUCGCGUCCGUUCCGCAGCUCUUAGAGACGUUGCAAAGUGCAGAUCUCUGGCAGAUCUCCUCAGUGAUGAGGCAGUUUCGCGCCUGGCUGUGGCACAACACCCGCGACGUCUAUGCAGCGGUGCGCAUUGCGAUUUGCAGUUUGGUGCUGGCUAGCUCCGAAGUUGCUAAGGAAAAGCGGCGAGUGAGCUGGCCGGCGUUGCAGCGCAGUGAGAAAGCCCAGGUCCAGUCCUCCCUGGCCUCCCCGACCUACCGGCCCGGGGCUUCCGCCAGCAGCGGCCACGGCGCCCGGCGGGGGGCAGACCUGGCGGGUUCCACAGUGGUCACGGCGCUGGUCACUGCGCGGUGCCGCCGAAGGUGUGGUGCCAGGGCGGCUGUGAAGGAGCUGCCGCUGCCACCGGGGAAACUGGGAAAUGCCAUGAUGGAUUUGCUGAAGUAUAUCAAGGAUCCAGACGAGUACAUUGCAGAGCAAGUGAGGCUUCACGGGCCCAUUUUUCAGACCAACUACUUCGGGAGGAAGACGGUGAUCGUCGGUGGCGACCUGGUGGAAGAUUUCAUCAAAGCUGAGAAGGAGAUCACGAAAUCCGCAUUGCCAGACACGUUUUCACAGCUGCACACUGAGUAUGGCACUAUGAAUCAGGCGGGUGCGAAGCACAUGAACACCCGAAGCAAUUUGAUCAAGGGCGCUUUGUGUGAAGAAGCUUUCCAGGCCUUUCUGCCCAUCAUUCAGCGAAGGUGCUUGGAGCUGGUGGAAAAGGUUGCGAAGCAAAAGACCAUGAGAGUCGCCAAGGAGUUGAAGGACUGGAGUGUGAAACUCUUCUCCGAACUCUUUGCCGGUGAGCCUUUUGGGGACGAAGCCUUAAAGUGGUUGUACCAAUACAACGAAGGCUUGUACGCCCUCUUGCCCUUUAAAUUGCCGUUCACAGCUUUCGGCAGAGGUUUCAAGGCCAAGGAUCAAUUGGUGCAGAUGCUGAAAGAGCGCUUGGAGAAGCUGAAAGCCAGCGGUGACAUCGAGAAACCUCAGUAUGCGGCACUUCGCCGCUUCAGCAACUCGAAGGACGAAAAUGGUGAGCCAUGGAGUGACGAGCAAGUGGCGCAUACCGCGGUGAUCUCUGUGUGGGGCGCCUAUGUGGAGUUGGCAUCGCUUUUGGCCGACGUCGUCUACCUCUUGUCCUCGCAGGAGAAGCUUCGAGAAAAAGCUUUCGCUGAGAUUGUGGCUGCCAACGAAGCUGGUACGGCGGUUGAGAAGAACGAGUACCUCCAGGCCAUCCUGGACGAGACCUUGCGCGUGAAGCCGCCCAGCGGCGGUGGCUUUCGCUUGGCCGAGGAGGAGCUGCAGAUCGGUGGCUAUCGAAUCCCCAAGGGCUAUGUGGUCUCUGCAGAUCCCCGGAUCUCCAACAUGGACAGCAAGUUGCAUGCCAAACCAGAUACCUUUGACCCUGACCGUUUCAUCGAGAGGCCCACCCGGCAGAUGCCCAGCGGCAGUUGGUUCCCUGGGGGCAUCGGACUUCACGGCUGUCCGGGCAUCCCCUUCGCCAUGCUCAUCUCUAAGGUGUUUCUGGCUACGUGGUUUCAGAAGUUCAAAGAUUGGAAACCCCGGAAAGGUAGCAAGGAGGACUGGGUGUCGAUUCCCAUCCGCAUCAUUGGGGACAAGUACGAGAUUGAAGUUACGCAGCGCUGA